AUGGCUGGAGGGAUAACCCCAUUCCUUGUGCUGGUAUUGGUGCUAUCUCUAAGCAAUGCUCCAAGACUCUCUUCGGCUCAGAGGCGCCCAAGACUCCCCAAGGUUCCAAAAGGCCCCGAAUCGAUCAUCUCGCCAUCUCCGCCUGAUAUCCCAAGUGUUGAAGAGCUGGAUUUCAAUCUACAAGGCCGCGACCCAAGUGGGGGCCCCAAACUCCCCAAGGUUCCAAGAGGCCCCGAACCGAUCAUCUCGCCAUCUCCGCCUGCUAUUCCGAGUGUUGAAGAGCUGGAUAUCUUUCUACAGGGCCGCGACCCAAGUGGGGGCCCCAAACUCCCCAAGGUUCCAAAAGGCCCUGAACCGGUCAUCUCGCCCUCUCCGCCUGAUAUCCCAAGUGUUGACGAUCUGGAUUUCUUUCUACAGGGCCGCGACCCAAGUGGGGGCCCCAAACUCCCCAAGGUUCCAAAAGGCCCCGAACCGAUCAUCUCGCCAUCUCCGCCGGAUAUCCCAAGUGUUGACGAACUGAAUUUCUUUCUACAAGGCGGCGACCCAAGUGGGGGCUCCAAACUCCCCAAGGUUCCAAAGGGCCCGGGACCCCACACUCCCAAAGGUUCACCUUCUCCGCCUGAUAUCCCAAGCGGCGGCGAAUUUGAUUUAUUUCCAUGA